GUCAUCUGCCAAAUCAACAAUCAACUUUAUCAACCUACGGCCAAUACAUUGUCUGCUUAAAACAUAAUUGACUUUACUCCUUUAAACCCGUAGGAAUCGGAGAAGUAAUAUAAAUUUAUUUAGUACUUAACCAUAUAAUAAUAUUACGGUAAAAUAAAAUACAGUGUUCUAUUAGAAAGGCACUAAUCUAACUAAUCAAUAGAAUUCGCUUUAGAACUAUAAGUAAAAAUGUCUCAAGAUGAUACUCCAAGAGUUCUUUCCAUACAGAGUCAUGUGGUACAUGGUUAUGUUGGUAAUAAAAGUGCAGUUUUUCCAUUGCAAGUUUUAGGUUUUGAAGUAGAUUCCAUAAAUACUGUACAGUUUUCAACACACACAGCAUACAAGCAUAUCAAGGGUUAUGUAUUGAAUAAUGACCAAAUGAAGGAAUUAGUUGAAGGCCUGGUACUGAAUGAGGUUGACUAUUAUACACAUUUCCUGACCGGUUACUCCAGAUCGCCAGAUUCUCUCAGAGAAAUAGCUAAGAUAAUAAAACAACUGAGAGAGAAAAACCCUAACUUAAUAUAUGUCUGUGACCCGGUGAUGGGUGAUAAUGGAAAAAUGUACGUACCCGAAGAAAUUCUGCCGGUAUACCGCGACGUUCUGGUACCGCUAGCAGACAUUUUGACCCCAAAUCAGUUCGAAGCAGAAUUGAUCACCGGCAUUCCAAUGAAGGAUCUCGAUGGUGCUCUGAGAGUCAUACAAACGCUCCACGAUAUGGGAGUGAAGACGGUGGUGCUGUCUAGUACCGAUCUGGGUGACGAGGAGAAUAUGAUCGGCCUGGCUAGUACUGGAGGAUCGUGUUACAAGAUCCCUAUACCCAAAGUGGAGGCAACGUUCACUGGUACCGGAGACUUGUUCGCGGCGUUAUUCCUCGCGUGGUCACACUUGACUGGCAACGACGUCAAACUGGCCCUCGAAAAGACGAUAGCGACUCUGCAGAGUAUUGUGGUGGAUACAUACCAAACGGCUAGAGCGUCUCAUCUGACCGGAAAAAUACCACCACGGUUCACUGAACUCCGUCUCGUGCAAAACAAAACCGUCAUUGAAGAUCCAAAAAUUAAAUUAAAGGCUGUGAAAAUCAACUAGAUUUUAUCUAGGAGUACAAUGUGCUUCUCAUUAUAGAAUAAUAUUCAACUAUCAAAAGACAAUAAUUUUAUGUACUUUAGUACUUAAUUAUUAAUAUUAUAUCAAAUUGAUUUUGACCGAGAGGCCUAAAUCUGCCUCUUUUUAAAUCGCCAGAAUGAAAUUAGAUUAAAU